CGCGUUGCAGGCUGUGGGGGGGGACACACGGCCUCGAUAAUAAAUGAUAGAGGAUACCAUGACUUUGCUGUCUCUGCUGGGUCGGAUCAUGCGUUACUUCUUGCUUAGACCGGAGACGCUGUUCUUGCUGUGCAUCAGCUUGGCCCUGUGGAGUUAUUUCUUCCACACGGAUGAGGUGAAAACCAUCGUCAAGUCCAGCAGGGACGCGGUGAAGAUGGUGAAGGGCAAGGUGGCCGAGAUCAUGCAGAACGACAGGCUGGGGGGGCUGGACGUGCUGGACGCGGAGUUCUCCAAGACCUGGGAGUUCAAGAGCCACAACGUGGCCGUCUACUCCAUCCAAGGCCGGCGGGACCACAUGGAGGACCGGUUCGAAGUCAUCACCGACCUGGUGAACAAGACGCACCCCUCCAUCUUUGGGAUAUUUGACGGGCACGGAGGAGAGUCAGCAGCAGAAUAUGUGAAGUCCCGCCUGCCUGAAGUCCUGAAACAACAUCUGCAAGACUAUGAGAAAGACAAAGAGAACAGUGUGCUGUCUUACCAAACCAUUCUGGAACAGCAGAUUUUAUCAAUUGAUCGAGAAAUGCUGGAAAAAUUGACUGUGUCCUAUGAUGAAGCAGGUACAACUUGUUUGAUUGCAUUGUUGUCAGAUAAAGAACUCACAGUGGCCAAUGUUGGUGAUUCGCGAGGAGUCCUGUGCGACAAGGAUGGGAACGCUAUCCCCUUGUCCCACGAUCACAAACCCUACCAACUGAAGGAGAGGAAGAGGAUUAAAAGAGCUGGUGGUUUCAUCAGCUUUAAUGGCUCCUGGCGUGUGCAGGGGAUCCUGGCCAUGUCCCGCUCACUAGGAGAUUACCCUCUGAAGAACCUGAACGUCGUCAUUCCCGACCCUGAUAUUCUCACCUUUGAUCUGGACAAACUGCAGCCGGAGUUCAUGAUCUUAGCCUCGGAUGGUCUGUGGGAUGCUUUCAGCAAUGAGGAGGCUGUCCGAUUCAUCAAGGAACGCUUGGAUGAACCACACUUCGGUGCCAAGAGUAUAGUUCUACAGUCAUUCUACAGAGGAUGUCCUGAUAAUAUAACAGUUAUGGUGGUGAAGUUCAGGAAUAGCAGCAAAACAGAAGAACAGUAAUUCCCAGUGAUGCUCUGCCUCACUCUGAACUGAAAACAAACUCUUACAUUUUAAACAUAGUAGAAGGCUCUAGUAAAUACCAUUAAGAUUUUACACAAAAGGAACAGAUUUCCUCCCCCCCCCUUUUUUUUGGCUUAACAAAAGGAGCAAUACAACAAAUAACAUUUUGAGUGAUUAUAAGAAUUAAGUUUAUUCACAUGUACCUGUCUCCUGUGACCUUGCUGCUCCUUAGAAACUAACCGUAAUCUUCCAUUUCAAACAUUUUUUCAAAUCCUGUGUAGACUUUUGAUUUGAUUUCUUACCUCUUA